CUCUGGCCACCUUUGCCUGAGCAAAGGGACUAAAUUCCCCAUCGCCCGCAUAAGUCCUCCCUGCAGCUUGUGCUAUCUGGUGACACCCCACAGUGUCAGCUGCUUCCAGGACGUAAAUUGGGGUGUUUCCUGCCGAAUGGUCAGGUUUCUCUCACAACGGCUACUGUAGUUUCAUGGUCCAGGCAAAGGCUGAGGGAACAACGUCCCCAGCACCUUCACUUCUGCCGUGGCUGGAGGCCCAGAGCACUAAUGAUCGGAGGCUCUGCCCACACGGUAUUGAUCAGCGAGCACUGACCAGGCAAUGCAGAGCUGACAGUCAGUGGCCCUGGGAGGACUUCCCAGAAAGGUGUCUUCAUGGCAGUUGGCACAACCUGAUGGUCUGAUUACCCCCGCCCUCUCCCAGACCUUUGUCUGGCCUUGAGCCCUCUGAUCAGAGCAGUCAUGUGGCAGUUUGCUAAUGAGGUGACGCCCUCCAUGGGCAGCACAUUGUCAGGUGGAAGAGGAAACCGAGACAGGCCGAGGGAGAGGUUUACGAUCUUUUCGGUCUUGCCAACCAUGGAUAGGAAGCAGAAGCAAGCAGAGAAGGCCAGGCCCUCCGGCCUGCUGAAGCCAACAGCUUUAGGGAAGAUCCCAGGCAGAUUCCAACUUCAUCAGGAAGCGUUGCCCCACCUCCCCGUGCCGCCACUCCAGCAAACGCUGGACCGCUACCUGCUGGCCCUGCAACCCAUCAUCAGCGAGGAGGAGCUGAGCCACACGCAGGAGCUGGUGGCUGAGUUCCGCAAGCCAGGAGGCGUCGGGGAGAGGCUGCAGAAAGGCCUGGAGAGAAGAGCCAAGAAAACAGAGAACUGGCUCUCAGACUGGUGGCUGAAGACAGCUUACCUGGAGUAUCGCCUGCCAGUUGUGGUCCACUCCAGCCCAGGUGUGGUUUUACCUAAGCAGGAUUUUCUGGAUCGACAAGGUCAGCUCAGGUUUGCUGCCAAGCUGAUCGAGGGCAUCCUGGAUUUCAAGACCAUGAUUGACAAUGAGACCCUCCCAGUGGAGUACAUGGGUGGGAAGCCCCUCUGCAUGAACCAGUACUACCAGAUCCUCUCAUCCUGCCGCAUUCCUGGGCCCAAGCGGGACUCCAUUGUCAACUAUGCCAAAGGCAAAAAGCAGUCCAGACACAUCACAGUGGUUCACAACUUCCAGUUCUUUGAGCUGGAUGUUUACAACAGUGAUGGAAGUCCCCUUACCACUGACCAGCUCUUCAUUCAGCUGGAGAAGAUAUGGAACACCUCCCUCCAAACAAACAAAGAACCUAUUGGGAUCCUCACCACCAACCACCGAAACAGCUGGGCAAAAGCCUACAACAACCUUCUGAAAGAUAAGACCAACAAGGAAUCUGUGCGUACCAUUGAGAAGAGCAUUUGUACUGUCUGCCUUGAUGCACCUAUGCCACGGGUGUCUGAGGACAUCUACAAGAGCCGUGUGGCUGCACAGAUGCUGCAUGGCGGAGGCAGUCGCUGGAACAGUGGGAACCGAUGGUUCGACAAAACCCUUCAAUUCAUCAUUGCUGAAGAUGGCUCCUGUGGUCUUGUAUAUGAACAUGCUCCCUCAGAAGGCCCACCCAUUGUUGCUCUUCUGGAUCACAUAGUGGAAUACACGAAGAAACCUGAGCUGGUAAGAUCGCCCAUGAUUCCUUUGCCUAUGCCCAAAAAGCUGCGGUUUAACAUCACCCCAGAAAUCAAGACUGACAUAGAGAAGGCAAAGCAGAACCUCAACAUAAUGGUCGAAGACCUGGAUGUCAAAGUCAUGGUCUUCCAUCAAUUUGGGAAAACACUUCCCAAGUCAGAGAAGAUAAGUCCUGAUGCUUUUAUCCAGCUGGCUUUGCAGCUAGCGUAUUACAGGAUGUACGGCCACGCCUGUGCCACAUAUGAGAGUGCAUCGCUAAGGAUGUUCCGCCUGGGCCGCACAGACACCAUCCGCUCCACUUCUGUAGACUCUCUAAAGUUUGUGCAAUCCAUGGACAGCCCUGACAAAUCGGACCAGGAGAAAGCAGACUUGCUGAGGAGAGCUACCCAGGCCCACAGGGAAUACACUGAUAUGGCAAUAAGGGGCAAUGCAAUAGACCGCCACCUCUUAGGCUUGAAGCUUCAAGCUAUUGAAGACCUAGUGAGCAUGCCUGAACUGUUCAUGGACACAGCAUAUGCUGUUGCAAUGCACUUCAAUCUCUCAACAAGCCAGGUCCCAGCAAAGACAGACUGUGUGAUGUGUUUUGGUCCCGUAGUUCCAGAUGGCUAUGGAAUCUGUUACAACCCUAUGGAUGAACACAUCAACUUUGCAAUUUCAGCAUUCAACAGCUGUGCUGAAACAAACGCAGCCCGCAUGGCACAUUAUCUUGAAAAAGCACUGCUAGACAUGAGGAUCUUGCUCCAGUCCACUCCCAAAUCCAAACUGUAAGAGGCAAACAUGAUGCAAAACCCCCAACUAAAGGGGUUAUCCCUCAUGCACUGAAGUUCCCAGUUCCUCAGAAGUGAUUGAGGACACAGCUCACCCUGGAACCUAGAAGAGCAUCUACCAUUUACAGAAUAGUCAUCUGCCGCUAUUAGUGGCAAGAGGAAACACUGUCUUAAACUGAAAUAGAACUGACUGGUCUUCUCCCAUCAAUGUCCUCAAAGAGGACCGAAAUACAAUUUCUACGGAACUUACUGUAAAGGAAUACAGAAAGCACAGUCCUUACCCAGUAUCUAAAUCCAUUUGGCGAGGAAGGUAUUCUCCAGGAAAAGCAGGGAAUGUUUAUUGUAUGAUGGAAGUAUGGUAAGACCAAGUCUUUUUGCUGGUUUAGUCUUCUCAAGAGUGCAGCAUCUUUCAAACUCGACUGAAGAUUUUUCUGCUGCUCCAGCAAAACAUCACCAUUGAACUUUGGCAAGGGGAGAAAUAAGUCCUUAAGUCAGAGCAGAUCCAGUCUCAUUAGAGUGCACUGCACUGCUUAUCCCAGGCACUCUGACCAUUACACACUUUGUAGACCUGGGAACGUUCCCUUCCCCUCGUUUUAGGAUACUGGGAUCUCCUUUCUGUUGCACUGACCCUAUUAACAACAGAGGAUAAUUCGCUACAAACUAAGGUGGGUUUUUUUGUUGUUGUUGUUCUGGACUUUUUGUUAGGCUUGCUGUUGUAGUCCUAGCCAUGGAUCUUCAGGCUCAGCGUAAAGCUUUUUUCCCCCCACAAAGCUUCCACAAAACUUCUCUCACACAGGUUUUGCUAGCUUUGGCUUUACGUACCUUAACAUUUGGAGAGAUGAGAAGGGACUGCCUAUGCAUUUAGCAGGACACUUGCUUCAUUGUACCUUUCUUUGGAGUUGAGGAAAAGAAACAGAUGCUGACCUGUUUACUACCCGGAAGGCCACAUGCCUAGUCUCCUUCAGGGCACACAUGUUAACCCAAUUUGGUUUUGUACCUUGCUUUCAGAAACAAUGCAUUUGUGCAUAAUGUGUUAUGCCUAAGUUGUGGACAAAUAAGAAUGUGGGCCAGAAAUGGAAGCGUGUUCUGGAGUUCCUGAUCAGAAACAGAGUUCAAAUCUGUUAGAGCCAAAAGCAAAACAGCUGCAGAAUCCCACUUCUUUCACGUCACUCUGCUUUAAGGUAGAAAAUCUUGGAAAAGCAGGAAGAAAGCUGGUAACAUGUGGGCAAUGUAGACAUUUGUCCACUGUGGCAGCCAUCAUUCCUGCAGUAACAGUACUGCACCUUUUCUGCCGCUCUUGGAGGUUUUUCUUACUACAGUGUUACUCAGAUUUGUGCCAGCUCUAUUCUGUGAGAGUGCUCUUAUGAUAACGUUUUCAGGUUCAGUUGACAAACUUCAGACAGUAAAAGGUUACGUACAUUUACAUGCAAUUUUAGCAUAGGAAUUUUUAUAAGCCGUACUUCAAAUAAAUCUGCCAGAAUCCAAGCUCUUUACUAUCUAUUUAGUCAGACCAUAUGGCAAUGAAGAAUUCUAGUGCUAUUAGUGCAACAGGAAUUUAAUAUUUAAAUCGCACACCUUUCAAGAUGUGGCUGCUGGGACAUCACCAUAAACAAGAAGCAUUAGGAGUCUGAUGGCCUGUUGUUACAGGGAAAUAUUUGAUCAUAAUUGCUACUUUUCUGAUCAUAGAACAGCAAGGGACAUGAUCAAAGUGCCUUGGUGAACAUAUAUGAAGAGAUUUGCACUAAACCUGUUGAAAGUAGAAGAAAAAAAAAAAUCAUUCUAACUUGAUUCUUCAAAGACACAAGCCAACACUACUGCAUUUCUUCCUAAGAGGAUGUUGUUUCAAAGCUUCUAUCUUAUACCUAAAUAAACCUUAAGAAGGAAAAUUUAACUUAAACUCACCUGCACAGCCAGUGAUUGUAUGAACUGCCACUUUCACAUCAUCUACAUGGAUUUAGUUGAUCUUUUAGAAGAAUCCUGAAUGGAGUGAGGUAGUCUAAAAAAAACAGUAGGAGCACUACAAACCUGUGAGCACACAUCUCUGCUCUGUCGACUCCUCUGUAUGAAUUAGACUGAAAACUGCAAGAGGAUACUCAGUAUUAUCAUGGCGUAAGUGAUUGUGUAAAUACUACAUAAAAGACUGAACCUUGCUGGAAUAACAUCUGGGCUUAUGGAGCCUUUUACAUUGAAAAAAAUACUCCUUUUGCCAGAGUAAUCCUCCCCCCCUACUGAACCAACCUCUGUUGCUAGGGGAUGAGGUUUUUUUUUCCCCCUGUCUGCAAUGCCUUCAACCACUGAUGCUACAGUAUUGCCACUUAAGUAUUUGAGACUGGCCCUUUUCUACUUCUGUCUCAUCAAAGGGGCAGGCUCUCAAAGGAAAGUGCCUAUUAAAGAUUAAGCAGAAGUACACACUGCUGUGACUGUAUCUCAGAAGAUGGGAUUGAUCUAUUCUGGAUAUCACACCAGCUUCAGCAGAGUACAGCUGCAAGAAGCAGACUAUCACAUUGAAAGAGAUACAAGAUUCAUAAACCACUUAAUGCAUCCUUAAUGAUACACGGAGCUGAAACUCAGAUGAAUGAAGCUGAUUUUUGAAGUGCUUGAAAGGACAUUAAAAUCAUUACAAGGCUUUUCCUUUUAAAAAGGUCUUUUCUUAUUGUACAAGUUCUAAAAUGUGAUGUCCUUCUGAUUCAUACUGUCUCGAUUUUUUCAGGGUUAACUUACUGAAUGCUCUUCUCCUCCCUGAUCCUGAUUGUCUGAUUGUUUUAUCAAGAGAUGUCAGUUGUCUUAAAGGCACAUUAAGUACAAGAAACUUAAGUUCCAGAAAAACUUAACAAUUUGGAACAAAUAAUUUAAGAAAUGCAUAGACCGAAAAUUUUCAGAUAACUCUUGGGGUAUGAGUGCAAUUUAUGACACAGCCUGGUAGUGUUGCAUGCUUUGCUGGUUAGCUGUGUUAAAUACUGUUUCAGCAGUGUAAUCCAUGUCAUGCAAAGUUUUGAAAUGUUCUUUGAGUAAAAUGAAACACAAUAAACAGAUAAGUGCUACAAAAAGACUUAAAUCUCCUUAGAUACUGCAGAAGUUACGUAACUACCCUUAUGGGAGGACGUUUGCGUGGGGACAGCAAGAACAGUGAACCACAGCAUUCUGUCACCUUCCUUUUAUUGUCUUAGUAUCUCCAUCCAGCCCCCUUGAGUACAGGGGAGGAAUAGAAAGCAUCUGCUUGCAAAGCCACAUAUUCCAAAGAAAAUAUUCCAUUUCAGAAAACUAGUGGCAGGAGACUUCAUACAAAUGUAGGAUAAUAAGGCAGAGCUCAAAUCUUUUUCCUGCACAGCACCAUUUAGUUAAGAAAAUCCAUGGGAUCACUAGGGAAUUUCUACUAUAUCAAGUAUUGCAAAGAUUUCUGGAAAGGUACAGCAAAAGUAGGCAGAAGAUGCAGAUUACAAACAACUCACAGAGAACAGAGCAGAGUUUAUUAUAGUGUCUUACAAGAGCUCUUCUUCCUCUCCCUUACUCCUAAGAAUUACUGUAGGAAGCUUGGGUUUGAAGGCAACAUGAAGUGGAACAGCUUUUUACACUACACUGCUCUCCAUGCAGAGAUGAAACCUCUUCCCUGUGCUCUAGUUCUCAGUAGGUGCUUCAGACACAUACAGUUUUUCCAACAGUCUGUCCUAACAGCUUAAGAGAGGCUAGGGAAGUGCUAGCCACUUUUGAAACAAUCGACUCUUUCAGCCUUGUCUUCGGGGAAGAGAGUUGUGAUCUCCCUUCUGGCUUUGUAAGUUAACUUACAAGAGAUAUAAAGAGAAAAUAAAUGGUUUUGCAAGACAUAAGUGAUUAGUACCAGCUUUCAAACUGAAACAUACAGUACCACCAUGUCAUGUGGCCUAUCUGAUGUCCUGUCUCAUUUUAACAGGGCUGUUCUAAGUCUGAUCAAAUGUCCUUGUGAAAGCUGCAAGAUGCCUCUUUAUUCUGAUGCACCUUCAAAGCAGAUCCAGUGCUCAGGUCCUUCAGAUGUUAACAGGAUUGCUUAUGUUAUGCAAAUACUAAACAGGUCUUUUAAAAAAAAUGUAUUUGCUGUAACAACUGAAAACAGUUAGUUUACUACCCACAGCUACUUCAACACAGAAACUUAAACAGCCUUCCUUCCUGAUCUCCUAGAUCAGAUCACUGCUUUCUACAGUUAACACUCUGGUUGUCCCAACACUUUCUACAGCAGUUCCCACUCCACAUGAACACACAAACUCCUAUGGCAACAGGCACAGAUGAAAACUUAAAAAAAAUAAAAAUAAUCAAGAUGAACAGAAACACAUCUCACUUCAAGCAGCUUUAUAAUGCAGGAGUCUGAUUAAAGUGGAGAUAGUAAAACAGGCAGCAAGACCGAGAUGUGACAGUCAUUUUACCUCUGCUCACAUGACUGCAUCGAAGGCACACCGAUGACCUUUGAGCCAGUUCAGAAGCUGUCCUUUAUCUGUGAAAGUUCAAGUCAAUUGUGCUUUGAAUAAAUACCCCCCUGUAUUAUA